AAGAGUUUGCCAAUCAAAACAGAGUGAAAACUAAGAAAUUUAUUCCUACGAAUAAAACGAAAGUAAUUAAGAAUCGGAAUAGUAUUAAGAAUUUAAAAUGGAAUCUUCAGUUAUCAUUCUUGAUUCAGAUGAUGAAGAUUGUCCAGUAUCGGAAGUAAAAAUAAAAAAAGUUACAAAUAAUGUAAAUUCUCCAAUUAAAAGAAGUGCAGAAAAUGAUGUCGAAGAAGCUGAUUCACCUAAAAGUAAAAUUAGAAGAAUCCAGCCUACGAAAAUUGGAAAUCUUCAUGAUCCAGCUACAAAAAACUCAGAACUUAAUUGUAAUCAAGAAGCAACCAAUGCUUUGGAUGUGAAAGAUACUAAAGAAAAUAAUGAAACCGAGGAGGGGGACAAAAUAAAUGAUGACAGUGCAGGUCCUUCGAAUUCUAAGAAGGAAUCUGCACAAAUUGCUAAGAAUGAAUUAACACCACAACUGGAAAGGCUAAUAAAAGCUUGUCGAAAAGCAGAAUCUUCCGAAGAAAUGAAACAAGUUAUAAAAACAAAACUUCUAAAAUAUUAUCACUCGGUUCAUCCCGAUUUUGUUACCUCAAAAAACUUUCUUAAGACUCUUAAAAUGGCUACGGAAGGAAUUGAAAAAGAACCGCAUUUAGUUUAUGUGAAACUUAAUGAAAUCCUUCAGGAACUUGAUAUUCGACGGAAGAGCAAAGCAACAGUUUUCACAAAUGAAGAUUCAGUAAGUGUAAAAGGAACUGGGGAUGAAACUAAAGAUGCUCAUCUUAAGCAACUUUAUCGAGCUUUAGUGAGAUGCAAGAGACAAAUUCUCGACUUAGAUGAAGCAGAAGUCGAUUGGGACGAUGACGAUAACAGUUCUUACCUUAAAAAAGUCCGUUUUGAAAAGAGAGCUUGUGAGAUAUAUCAUAAGAUUUGUGAGAUAACUGGGGAAUCAACACAUGCCCAUCGAGCAGUGAGACAACCAAUAAAGUUCAAAGGGACUGACUUUCCUGAAUUCAACAAACAACUACAGAGAUUUGUAAACAAGAAAAAUAUGUUUCCAAACUUCCGCGAUGUCUUAAAAACAUUAGAUUACUGCAACAAGAAGCACAAUUUUGGACUUUCACAAGAUCAGUUGAAACGUGUGGCUCAGGAUGCUUUUGAGAAGCUUGGAAAACUUCUACAAGAAAGGAGAAAACGUGAUCUAUAUGAGACAACGACUUUUUAUGCUGGAAAAACUAAAGAUCCAGCUAAAGAAGAUCCUGAAUUAAGAAUCCAACUUGAAAAGAAUAAGAAGAAUUAUGCAAAAUACGACGACAUUAUAAACGAAUUUGCUGAAAAGGAAUACAAAUCACAGUCAGAUGAUGCCGAUGAAGUGUCAAGUACUUCAAAGACAGAAGUUGUGGAAGAAACGAAGAUACUGAUGAAGGAUACUGUAGCAAACUCGCAACCAGAUGAAGAUUAUAAUAAUGUUUCAAUAGAGAAAUGUAAUAAGAAUGGUGCCACAUCAAUCGCUGUUGAUGAUGAUGACGAUGAUGAUUUAAUGAUUAUUUCUUGAGUUUCAAUGUGAGUUUUGAGUUUCAGUUUUUGAUUUAUUUUCUAAUUUCAUCAGUUUACAAAAUUAAUUCGAAUUAUGUAAUUAUUAAACUUCAAAACUUAAAAAUCGGGAAAAAUAAAACACAAAGAAAGUUUCUUUCAUUUUUUGGCAUUUUCAAUGAAAAGUUUUGUAACUUCAUAAUCACUCUCGGAUAACUUUUCAACAAUGUCGAAGUGAUCACGAUCAGGAAUAAUUUGCAAAGAAUUUGAUGGCAAAUUUUUUAGAGAAAUUUGUGAGAAAUCUUUUGAUUGUUGUUGAAACUUUUUCGACUCCAAUUCACCAGCAAAGAUGAAAAUUUGAAUGUUUCGAUUGAUGAGAUAUCUGAAGUCAUAAAAUUGUGGAGACAAUAUACGAACAUUGUUAUCAUUGAGUGACAGAAUGUUGUUUUCGUUUGCAGCUUUCAAAUGCCGCAACUCUCCCAAAUCAUAAAUACCAGAAAUGCAAUAAGCAAAAAGUUGUACAUCUCGACUAAUGGAAGAUAAAAUUUCUUCACAUAAACAACAAGCCAACAAAUGAGCUCCAGCUGAAUGACCAGCAAAUGAAACUGAUUUGAUUGAUUUUUUUGCCACAUAAUUAGCGAUCCAUUGAAAUGCAACUUUCACUUGCCCUACAAUUUGUCCGAGAGUAACUUGUGGACAUAAUUCAUAAUCUAUCACGAUCACUCUUAUUCCAUUUUCAACUAGUGGAGCUACACAAUAAGCUGAAUCCCAUUUAUUCAUCAUUUGCCAGUAACCUCCAUGAAUAUAAACGAAGAGCGGAUUAUCACCUUUCAAAUCAUCUCCAUAAAUAUCAAGUUUCUCUCGAAAUGACGGCCCAUAACUGACAUUCAAUCGACAAUUGUAUUUAAAACGAUUCUUUUCAGAUUCUUAAAGCAAAUUCUUGAUGAUAACUAAGAAGUUCAUCUCGUGAUGCGAAUCUCUUAGCGAACAAUGAUGGAGUGUAUUCAGAUUCU